GGAGGCUGGUGUCCCGGCUGAGUGAGGGGAGGCAGCCCCUGGACGCAGCGAAGGCAGCACGGAGCUGUGGCGGCGACGGCGACGGCGACGGCGGUGGCCUGAAGAGCAGAGACAGGCGACGCCUCAGCCCCAGUUCCAGCCCUAACCCCAGAUCCAGCCCCAGCCCCUGCUCGAAGAUUGCCUCCGCCCUCCCGCCCUGGUCUUCUCUGUGUUCACCUGUGUACUUCUUUCACAUUUGAAGAUGGUGAAGUUGGAUAUUCACACUUUGGCUCAUCACCUGAAGCAGGAACGACUCUAUGUGAAUUCAGAGAAACAAUUGAUCCAGAGGCUAAAUGCAGAUGUACUUAAGACUGCUGAGAAGUUGUACCGCACAGCAUGGAUUGCCAAGCAGCAGAGGAUCAACUUGGAUCGGCUUAUCAUAACAAGUGCUGAAGCUUCCCCUGCUGAAUGUUGCCAGCAUGCCAAGAUCUUGGAAGAUACACAGUUUGUCGAUGGAUAUAAACAGCUGGGAUUUCAAGAGACUUAUUAUGGAGAAUUCUUAAAUAGGUUAAGGGAAAACCCACGACUCAUUGCUUCUUCUUUGGUUGCUGGAGAGAAACUGAACCAGGAUAACACUCAAAGUGUUAUCCAUACAGUUUUUACCUCUCUCUAUGGCAACUGUAUCAUGCAAGAAGAUGAGAGCUACCUCCUUCAGGUUUUGAGAUAUCUGAUUGAAUUUGAACUCAAAGAAAGUGACAAUCCUAGGCGUCUUUUAAGGAGAGGCACUUGUGCAUUCAGCAUUUUAUUCAAGUUAUUUUCUGAAGGACUCUUUUCUGCCAAACUCUUCCUCACAGCAACAUUACAUGAGCCAAUCAUGCAGUUGCUGGUUGAAGAUGAAGACCAUCUGGAAACAGAUCCAAAUAAAUUGAUUGAGAGGUUCUCUCCUUCCCAGCAGGAAAAGCUUUUUGGAGAGAGAGGGUCAGAGAGAUUCAGACAAAAAGUUCAAGAGAUGGUAGACUUGAAUGAAUCCAAACUGGUGGCCUUGGUGAACAAAUUUAUAGGCUAUCUCAAACAGAACACAUACUGCUUUCCCCAUAGUUUGCGGUGGAUUGUAUCACAAAUGUAUAAGACACUUUCUUGUGUAGACAGGCUUGAUGUAGGAGAAGUAAGAGCAAUGUGUACUGAUCUCCUCUUGGCUUGCUUCAUUUGCCCUGCAAUUGUCAAUCCAGAACAGUAUGGAAUAAUUUCUGAUGCUCCCAUAAAUGAGGUGGCAAGAUUUAAUUUGAUGCAGGUUGGCCGCCUUUUGCAGCAGCUAGCAAUGACUGGCUCUGAGGAGGGAGAUCCUCGAGGAAAAAGCAGCCUUGGUAAAUUUGACAAAAGUUGUGUUGCUGCCUUCCUUGAUGUUGUAAUUGGUGGUCGGGCAGUGGAGACUCCUCCAAUGUCUUCAGUUAAUCUUCUAGAGGGGUUGAGUAGAACUGUAGUGUAUAUGACCUACAGCCAGCUCAUCACUCUGGUUGGUUUUAUGAAGAAUGUCAUGUUGGGUGACCAACUGAGAGAAGAUAGAAUGGCUCUUGAAAACUUGUUGGCAAAUCUUCCCCAACCUAAGCCAGGAAAAAGUAACAGUUUGGAAAUGACUUCGUAUAAUACGCCUCAGUUGUCUCCUGCGACUACUCCAGCUAAUAAAAAAAAUCGCUUGCCAUUAGGACAACAGUUAGCAGCCAUCACUGCAUGGGAUCCCUCAGCCACCAAUCUCACAGCUCACAUUACUCUAGUAACCCCAUUUGCAACUCGGAGCAGAAGUCGUACUAAUAUGCUAAUUGACCAGCAUCCAGACCAUGAUGGAUUUCCCCAAGAGACAAUUCCGGAAGUGCAGCCAGAAGAAGUAUUGGUCAUUUCUUUGGGGACAGGUCCACAGCUUACUCCAGGCAUGAUGUCAGAAAAUGAGGUCUUAAACAUGCAGCUCUCAGAUGGUGGACAAGGAGAUGUCCCUGUUGAUGAAACCAAACUCCACGGUAAACCUGAUAAAACCUUGCGCUUUUCCCUCUGCAGUGAUAAUCUGGAAGGAAUAUCUGAAGGUCCUUCAAAUCGUUCUAAUUCUGUAUCUUCUCUGGACCUGGAAGGAGAAUCUGUGUCAGAACUUGGAGCAGGACCUUCUGGGAGUAAUGGAGUUGAAGCUCUACAGCUUUUGGAACAUGAACAAGCUACAACACAAGAUAACCUCGAUGAUAAACUACGGAAAUUUGAAAUUCGUGAUAUGAUGGGGCUAACAGAUGAUCGGGAUAUUUCAGAAACAGUGAGUGAGACCUGGAGCACAGAUGUCUUGGGCAGUGAUUUUGAUCCCAACAUUGAUGAAGAUCGAUUACAAGAGAUUGCAGGUGCGGCAGCAGAGAACAUGUUAGGCAGUUUGCUGUGUCUGCCAGGUUCAGGAUCAGUGCUUCUUGACCCCUGCACUGGUUCUACCAUAUCAGAAACAACCAGCGAAGCUUGGAGUGUAGAGGUAUUACCAAGUGACUCAGAGGCCCCAGAUCUCAAACAGGAAGAGAGAUUACAAGAGUUAGAGAGCUGUUCUGGACUGGGCAGCACCUCUGAUGAUACAGAUGUCCGGGAAGUCAGUUCCCGCCCUAGCACUCCAGGCCUCAGUGUUGUCUCAGGCAUCAGUGCAACUUCUGAGGAUAUUCCUAAUAAGAUUGAGGACCUUAGGUCUGAAUGUAGUUCAGACUUUGGUGGCAAAGAUUCAGUUACUAGUCCAGAUAUGGAUGAAGUAGUCCAUGGAGCCCACCAGCUGACUUCUCCUCCUUCUCAAUCAGAGUCUCUGCUUGCAAUGUUUGACCCAUUAGCUUCACAUGAAGGGGCUUCUGCUGUAGUAAGGCCAAAAGUUCACUAUGCUAGACCAUCACACCCACCACCUGAUCCUCCAAUCCUGGAAGGAGCCAUGGGAGGAAAUGAAGCCAGGCUACCAGGCUUUGGCUCUCAUGUAUUGAUUCCAACGGAUGCAGAGGCAUUCAAACAGAGACAUUCCUAUCCUGAGCGAUUAGUCCGCAGCAGGAGUUCUGAUAUUGUGUCUUCUGCCCGGAGACCCAUGAGUGAUCCUAGUUGGAAUCGGCGUCCUGGGAAUGAAGAGAGAGAACUACUUCCUUCAGGUGCCAUUGGAUCUCCUUUAGUGGCUGCACCUCCAUCUUCAUCUUCAUCUCCUAGUAAAGAUUCCUUGAGAGGAGAGACUGAAGAACGAAAAGAUAGUGAUGAUGAGAAGUCAGACAGAAACAAACCUUGGUGGAGAAAACGUUUUGUUUCAGCUAUGCCUAAAGCUCCUAUACCAUUUAGAAAGAAAGAAAAACAAGAAAAAGACAAAGAUGAUCUGGGGCCUGACAGAUUCUCAACACUUACAGAUGAUCCUGCUCCCAGGCUCAGUGCACAGACCCAGGUUGCUGAGGAUAUCUUGGAUAAAUAUAGGAAUGCCAUUAAACGAACUAGUCCUGGUGAAGGAGCUGUGGGGAACUAUGAAGGUGCAGAAGUUAUGGGGGAUGGUGAAAGUAUACAUGACUCUCCUCGGGAUGAAGCCCUGCAGAAUAUCUCUGCGGAUGAUCUUCCGGAUUCGGCCAGCCAGGCGGCACCCCCACAAGACUCCCCUUUCUCUUACAGGGAUGCCAAAAAGAAACUGAGGCUUGCACUUUGCUCGGCAGAUUCUGUUGCUUUCCCAGUGCUGACUCAUUCAACAAGGAAUGGUCUACCGGAUCACACAGACCCAGAAGACAAUGAAAUUGUAUGCUUCCUAAAAGUUCAGAUAGCUGAAGCAAUUAAUUUACAAGACAAGAACUUAAUGGCUCAACUUCAAGAAACAAUUCGCUGUGUGGGUCGCUUUGAUAAUAGAACUUGUCGAAAACUGCUGGCAUCUAUUGCAGAAGACUACCGGAAAAGGGCUCCAUAUAUUGCUUAUCUCACCCGUUGUCGCCAGGGUCUACAGACUACACAGGCCCAUCUAGAAAGACUGCUGCAGAGAGUUUUGCGAGACAAAGAGGUGGCUAACCGAUAUUUUACCACAGUUUGUGUGAGAUUAUUGCUGGAGAGCAAAGAGAAGAAGAUUCGGGAAUUCAUUCAAGACUUUCAGAAGCUCACAGCAGCUGAUGAUAAGACAGCUCAGGUAGAAGAUUUCCUGCAGUUUUUAUAUGGUGCCAUGGCUCAGGAUGUCAUCUGGCAGAAUGCUAGUGAGGAGCAGCUCCAAGAUGCUCAGAUGGCAAUUGAGCGAAGUGUGAUGAACCGAAUUUUCAAGCUCGCCUUCUAUCCUAACCAAGAUGGAGACAUUCUUCGUGACCAGGUUCUUCAUGAACAUAUCCAGAGAUUGUCUAAAGUAGUGACUGCAAAUCAUAAAGCACUUCAGAUACCUGAGGUCUAUCUUCGGGAGGCACCAUGGCCAUCUGCACAAUCUGAAAUCCGCACAAUAAGUGCUUAUAAGACUCCCAGGGACAAAGUACAGUGCAUCCUGAGAAUGUGCUCCACAAUUAUGAACUUGCUAAGUCUGGCCAAUGAAGAUUCAGUCCCUGGAGCAGAUGAUUUUGUUCCUGUUCUGGUGUUUGUUUUGAUAAAGGCAAACCCGCCCUGUUUACUGUCUACUGUUCAGUACAUCAGUAGCUUUUAUGCUAACUGUCUAUCUGGAGAAGAAUCAUAUUGGUGGAUGCAAUUCACAGCAGCAGUUGAAUUCAUUAAAACCAUUGAUGACCGGAAGUGACCUACUCUGAAGCCUGCUUGGGCAGGCAGACUGUUAAGGGGAGCAGAAUUUCUUAAAUAAUAUUCACCAGCUGCUUAGCAGGCUGAAAAUUGUCCUUGUAUAUUGUACAGAGUUCAGGCAUUUUCAACCAGAUCUUUACUAAACAGAUUAAUGAGAUAACUAGCAGGUUUUCUUUUCUUUGUUUUCCCCCCACUGUUCCCAUUUCUGGGUUGCAUAUUUUAUUCUCCCCAUUCUAAGUAGAGCUGCAAAAAGGGACCACGUUUUUCAGGUAUUUUGGAAUAUAAAAACCCCUUGGGAAAAUUCCUAGGUCAUCAUUCAUGGAUAGCUAUUCUUUCCUUUUCUUAAAAAAAAAAAAAAAAAAAAAAAA